AUGCCCACAACUUCCCACCUUCUGAAGGUCGCGAAUUUAAUUGAACCAACCAUCAUCACAAUGAAACUUGAUAAAGGUGACUCUUCGUCGAGAGAAAUCUGGAAGAGUGCCAUUAACACACUGCUCACUGCCCUUGAAAAUAUUUUGUUGGAUGACAGUGGCUUGCCGAUUAAACAAGGAGGCGCGGACGUGGAGGGUUAUUACGUAAAAGGGCUGACAUCCUUUGACACAAUGAUGGAGGAAUCCGAGAUUUCUUUUGGUAGUCUGUCCCCCCUUAAACGAAAGCGUGAAGAUAAUAACCCGCGUAAAAACAAAUCCCAAAAAUUAUUAUCCUCGAAAUUGGCCAGAAAUCUUUCCUUGUCUGAAGACGAAUCAAACGACGAGGGUACUCCUUUAAAAAUCGAUGCCCUGAUGGACAUUUGCGGUGGGAAUCCCACUUCAUCUGGUUCGUCGCGCCCAUUUCAUCGUAAUAUCAGGCGAUGUUCCCGUCAGUCGUUUGGUGGAAGAUAUGUUAGACCAAACACCUUUCCAAACACCAACGUCAAUAGUCUUGACAUGGACAUUGCCCCCGACCAUCAUACGGCUGACGGAGACAACAUCAAUGUUCAAGAACCCGAAAGGAUUCAAAUGUUGCGUCGCAUAAUGUCCGACCCUGGCGGUUCAUAUCUUAACUGGAAUGUUGCUAUGUCAGAUUGGAUCGAGUUACAAGCACAAAAGAAAAACGUGAGAUUACAUGAAUUUCAGGUUCAAUUUCAGGAACGAAGUCGUGACAUGGAAUCGUCUCUUUCGAUUCUUCACAAUUCCACGCCUCAGGUUUAUGACGAAAUUCGAGAUUUGGUUGACAGAUUCUUGCUAAACGCUAAUUGGCUAAGAUGCGAUUAUAACAAACCUUUCACUCAAAUUUUUCCUCAAUGGCAUUCUUUGGGGAAGAAGCUGGAAAACUUUGUGCAAUUCGUGGCAAUUGUUGAAGAUAUGAAAGCAAUAGUUAAUCAUGAAUAUCCGUUUGGUGACUCCGGCUUUGAUAUGAAAAAGAUUCGUGAAACCUUGGAAUUCAGAAAAUCUUUAUACGGAGAAAUUUUGCAACAGAAUGGGUUGGCUUGGAAAGCUUUGGGAUUUCCCGUUAAUGACACAUGGAUCUACGAGACAAAGCAAUGGUUGUUUGGUUUAUCCUUUCAUUGUUUGUCAUCCCUGAAUAGCGAAUUAAAUAAAUAUGAACAUUUUGAUGUCGACGACACACGCACCACAAAGUUCAUGGAGAACAUUAUGAACUGCAUUAAAGCUACUAACAUUGCUGUUGAGUUGAUCGGAACCUCGAGCAACAAACUUAUUUUACCCAGUUUCAUCCUCGCAACUGCUUACACCGAGUGGGGACUAUCGCAGAUCGAUAGGAUGGAAAACAAAGUUCGAUGCGUUGAAGUUAGAAUGAUACACAUUUGCGAUAACAUCGAUAAGAUAUUACAUUAUCUGCACACUAUACAAGAUAUGAGUGAACAGGAUGUCAAUUUUGCGAGGGAAAAUGAAUGUGAUGAUGCUCCAGAAAACCAACAGAUUCUUAAAGCCUUGGAACAUUUUUCUACGGCAUUGGUAGAAGUUGGUUUGAGAUUAUGCGAACACGUCACCAAGCUCAAAGUUAAUGUUGCAACGGGUCCUUCCAACUUUGCGUAUAUGUAUUCGGAAUUUGUCGUCAGAUUUAUCAAUCGGGCACUCGAAUAUACCGACUUCGAAGAAGCGGAAGUUAGGAUGUGUCCCCUACUUGCAAGCUUGAAAAAUAUGGAAAAUGCGGCAAAAUUUGGAUAA